GGAGAUGCUAUCGAGAUCUUUGCAGAUCUCUACGUUGAAUCAUUUGGAAAUAUACAAGAAGUAAAUAUGGUUAGUAUUUGCAGGGUUCUUAAUUUUUAGGUCUCCAUGACAAAAAUCCCGUUCAUACAUUCUCCUCAACUCUUCUCCCAAGGGGCUUUUGGUAGCUAACAUGCAUCUUUGAAUUGAGGUAUGGUAUCAAGCUCAAACUAUGCAGGGUCUCACAAGUUUUCAGGGUGGAAUUAGACAGCUAAUUUCAACAGAAACUGUAAUCGUUGUGAAUCUAAAAACUUAAUGAUCCCUUCAAAAGGUCCUACAGAGAUUUAAGCAUCCAUUAACUACAUCAAUUGACUAUGGUCAAAUGCAGUCUUAUCUGAAAUCAGAAAGUAUGGUUGCAGACCAAAAUUGCAGGACACAAAGUUGAUGUACCAUUUCAUCGCGUUUUUCGAAACCCUAUUGCUGAGAGCGCGUCAAAUUGUUUGGAUCACUAGUGACAAGUGAUUUCAAAAUGUAUGUAAUGGUGGCGAUGAAACUUUCAUUUAUUUCCUUCCCAGGAAUUUAAGGUGUUUGGAUAUUUACGACAGCAAUGGAAAGACGGGAGGCUUUCUGGGAAGCUUAACAAGACUCUAACCAUAAAAGGCGAAACCAUCAGUCGAAUGUGGUUACCAGACCCUUUUUGUUAUAAUGCACGCGAUUCCAACUUAAUGCAGCCAGAUUCUGAGGUCCACAGCAAAGUUUCAAUAGACGUCCACGGAAACGUUCAUUACACAAAAGGGUUUGUACCAUUUAACUUUCGGAAGAGACAGAAAAUCUGGCGAGUAGUCAGUGUAAAGGUCGAAUAAGGAAUACAGAUGCUGUAGAACUAGUAGUAAAAUAAGCACUAAAUGGCCAAUUACAUCGAAAAUAACUUGAUCAUUGCGUAAACUAGUGAUAGUCGGUAACAAUGAAGAUGUGAUAUCUAAGACACUUCAAAGGGAUAAGAAAACCCAACCAUACAUAGAAGGGCUCAUCCAAUUAUCAUUCGUAGUACGGUCACUGAUGUAGGCGAAGCUGUUCGUCACGUACUCAUCAAAAGGAUAUAGUUAACCGAAACGUAUUUUACUGCAUUAGAUUUUUGGGCUCGACAUUAAAAUUUCGUUGCAUUUUAUUAUUAUUAUUUUUUUUAUGUAAAAAUGACAUAGUUAAAAAAACAUUCCGAUUUCCCAUUCCAGGGUGACUUUCCUGGCAUCUUGUGAGAUGGAUCUGCGUCAUUUUCCAUUCGAUUCUCAGGAAUGUUUUCUUAAAAUUGGAAGCUGUAAGUACCACAUUUAAUUUUCUCAAAGACAUUGAUAAGAAAGGAGUUUGGUGCUCAGGCUUAGUUCUGCUUUCUCCGCGCAAGAGAUAACUCAAAAAGAUCAUCCCCACUGUCAUGAAGAAGAUCGUUGCUACAGGAAGACUAAGUAAUCUUUUGAAAUUCAGUGCAAUCAUUAAACGAAACUCAACUCCGGAAUAUUCGUGUUCACUUCUUGAAAUUAUUUCUCCUGUUCAAUACAGAUGCUUAUUCAACGGAAGACAUCAUUUAUAAGUGGAAAUACCAAGAGGUCGAAGUGGAAGCCAAGUCGAUGGCGCAGUUUGAUUACUGCAGUGCUUCUUUAUCGUCAUCUUUUGACAUGUACAAAACAGGUUAAAAACAAUUGUCUCAAUUUAAUAUAGACUCUCUGUUAAAAAUACUACUAUUUUACUGAUCAAUUAACCAAAGGGAGCUGGGCAUUUGUUUCUUUCGGUCGACAGCCCGAUCGACUUCAAACCACCUGUUUUGUUGAUAACUUCGAACCUUUCCUUGGCAUUGCCCAACGAACUUUUAUUAUUCUACAUUAUGGUUGGCAAAAAAAAUUGUUUCGUGCAUAAGUACGAAAUCGAUCUGUGAAUCAAUUUGAUUAACGUUAAAUGGAAAAGAAAAUUGGAUAUGAAUUAUUUCUCAAGUCGUAGUGAACACAGGUCUGUCAUAGGAGAAUUCUUUGAGCCAAUAAUUCAAUUUCACUAGUUACAAUUUUCUUUCACAAUACAAGAGUUAAUUAGUGCGACUUCUCCGUCUGAUCACGAAGCCGACCGUGCUUCUCCUCCACUUAUUUAUCCUGGUCUUGGAUACGAGUGAACCAGCCAAAUCCACAAUCAUAUUACAGACCAAAGCAAUAUGAUCAAUAUACAGUCUCCACAACGGUUAAAAUGUCAACCAUAGAAUCUCUUUCUGUUUCUUUUAGGAAACUUCUCUACUAUCACUGUGACAUAUUACUUUAAGCGUCGCAUGGGCUAUUACCUCAUACAGGUCUACUUUCCAGAUAUCUGCGUCGUUGCCCUGAGUUGGAUUGUCUUCUGGAUGGAUAAAAAUGACAUGGGCAACAGAAUGGCUUUGGGAAUCACCACCAUAUUGACCAUCAUGUUUCUCCUUGGUUCUCUUAAUGGCACGUUGCCAAGAGUCAGUUAUCCCAAGGCUUUGGACUGGUAUCUAUUGGUGUCUUUUUCUUUCGCGUUCUUGUCGCUGGUUGAGUGCAUGAUCGUGUUCGUGGUUUGGCUAAGCUCUAACAAACGAAAGGCGAAAAAGGUUUGUAUCUACAUC